AUGUCAUACCAGGACUACAACACGUCGUCUUCGGCGUUGAGAAAGAGGAGGACGAUCAAAAAGUCCAUCAACUUCCUGGCCAUGAUCAUAGGAGAGUCGGGCCUGGGCCGUUCCACCUUGAUCAACUCUUUAUGUGGUGGAAAUUCCAUCGUGCCCACGUCCCUGACUGCCCUGCAAGACCCUUUCCUGAAAAAGCUUACUUUGAGACACGAGAACGUCGAGUUGGAGGAUAACGAUGGCCACAAGAUCUCUUUGAACAUUAUCGACACGCCCAACUUUGCCAAUGCGAUUGACUGUGAUGACGACUUUAAGAUCAUCGUGGACUUUAUAAGGCACCAAUAUGACGAGGUGCUUUUGGAGGAAAGCAGAGUUAAACGUAAUCCACGUUUUAAGGAUGGCAGAAUCCACGUGUUGAUUUAUUUGAUUAACGCUACGGGCCACGGUCUUUCUGAGAUUGAUGUCAAGUUCUUACAACACGUCAGUGGGCUCGUCAACGUGAUUCCAGUGAUUGCCAAGGCUGACUCCUUGUCUCCAGCAGAGUUGCAAUUGAACAAACGUCUUAUUUUGGAGGAUCUUAACAACUACAAGAUUGCCUACUACAAAUUCAACGAGUACGAGUAUGAGCAGGACUACAUUGACGACGAGAUCAUCGAGUACAACAAGUACCUCAACUCAUUGAUCCCAUUCGCUGUCAUUGGCGCUAACAAGUUCCAGGAGCUGGGAGAUGAAGACGAUCUUUUGAAGUUGCGUGUAUUGAACCCUGCUUACGCCAAACCCAUCAACAUUGAGUUACCUGAAUUCAACGAUUUCACGAUAUUGAAGAACAUUCUUUUGAUCACACAUCUCAAUGAAUUCAAGGAACGUACUCACGAGGUCAUCUACGAAAACUACAGAACGGAAGCCUUGUCGGGCAAGAAGUUCUCGUACAGCAAUAACGAAGAGGAGGAAGAAGAUGGUCCAAAGAAGGAUGACGAGUCAAGCUAUCUAAUGAAGGAAGAGCAGAUCAAGUUGGAGGAAGAGAGAUUGAAGAAGUUUGAAGAGAGAGUGCACCAGGAUUUGGUCAACAAGAGAAGGGAACUUUUGGAGAGGGAGAACGAGUUGAAGGAGAUUGAGAAGAGAUUACUCGCCGAAGGAUUGAAGUUCAACGAUGAAGGUGAAGUGGUCAAAAUAGACGAGUAA